AUGGGGAUUACCUGGCACUUUACUCCACCUAAGGCUCCACAUUUCGGUGGAUUGUGGGAGGCUGCGGUGAAGACAGCCAAACGACAUCUCUACCGGCAUCUGGGCAGCUCGAGGCUGUCUUACGAAGGGUACAGCACCGUUCUUCAGCAGAUAGAAGCGGCGAUGAACUCGCGUCCCUUGCUGCCGAUGACGGAUGACCCGAACGAUUUGGCCGCGCUUACUCCUGCGCACUUCCUGAUCGGUACUUCCAUGUACGCCGUCCCCGUUCCCGACUACACGCGCCUGAAGACCUACACUUUGGAUGAACUACAAACCUGGCAAUUACUCGUGCAACGUUUCUGGAAGCAUUGGACCACCGACUGCACGAAAUCGCUAGUGCUAACGAUACUGAUGGCUGAGGCUCUGUGCGAAGGUCUUGAUCGUAACGUACGUUUCACUUAG